CAACACACCACCCAACCAAACCGUAAAAACAACAGAACAGAACAACAAAAUGGAGGACAAUAACUCAAGUACGCAAAUUAAACAUGAUGAUCCAUCGGUUACAUUAACAAUAAGGCUGAUUAUGCAAGGAAAGGAAGUUGGCAGUAUUAUCGGCAAAAAGGGUGAAAUUGUUAAUAGAUUUAGAGAAGAGUCUGGCGCCAAAAUUAAUAUAUCAGAUGGUUCAUGUCCGGAACGUAUUGUCACGGUGUCUGGUACAACCAGUGCAAUCUAUUCGGCAUUUACCUUAAUUACCAAGAAAUUUGAAGAGUGGUGCUCGCAAUUUAACAAUGAUGUUAAUAAAGGUGGUAAAACACAAAUACCAAUUCGUUUGAUUGUGCCUGCCAGUCAAUGUGGAUCGUUAAUUGGCAAAAGUGGUUCAAAAAUUAAGGAAAUACGCCAGACAACAGGCUGCUCCAUUCAGGUAGCCAGUGAAAUGUUGCCGAAUUCUACUGAACGUGCCGUUACCCUAAGUGGCACAGCCGAACAAAUUACCCAAUGCAUCUAUCAGAUUUGUCUUGUUAUGUUAGAGUCACCUCCGAGAGGUGCCACCAUCCCCUACAGGCCAAAACCACAAGUGUCCGGACCCGUCAUCUUGGCUAAUGGACAAGCUUUUACCAUACAGGGCAAUUACGCUGUACCCGCACAAGAGACCUGUCCAGUAUUUCCACUUGCUUUGGCUACCGGUGGUCUACAUGCUGGUAUAUCGGGUUUAACGGAUCCUUUAUUAAAGGGCGCACAUUUGCAAGGAGCGGUACCAGCACACCAUCACCUACAGCAAUUGCCCGAUGUGGCUAAGAAUCCGUUGGCCAGCUUGGCAGCUUUGGGUUUGGCUGGUAUGGCACCAGCCAAUACUGGUGGUCUUAAUCCAACAGCUUUGGCUGCCUUGGCUGGUUCUCAAUUGCGUACAGCAAAUACAAAUCGUGCUCAACAGCAGCAACACGAGAUGACCGUUUCAAAUGAUUUGAUUGGAUGCAUUAUCGGCAAGGGUGGUACUAAAAUUGCCGAAAUUCGUCAAAUUUCCGGUGCAAUGAUACGCAUUUCGAAUUGUGAAGAACGUGAGGGCGGCAAUACUGAUCGUACCAUCACCAUAAGUGGCAAUCCAGAUUCUGUGGCUCUGGCACAAUACUUAAUUAAUAUGAGCGUCGAAUUGCAGAUGGCCAAUCUCCAAGAGGCAAAUAAUACUGCUGCCAUAGCAAAUGGUACAACAGCAACGGCUAACGGAGGACAGACAAAUAGUAACAGCCAAACAAAUAAUAGUAAUGGCAACAGCACCACAGCCACCACCAACACCACAACCACUACAACCAACAACAGCAACACUUUUAAUACAACAAACACAAACAGUUCAGCAGCAUUAGUAGCUACUUUAAGUAACAAUACAACAAACAAUAAUAAUAACAACACAAAUACAACCACAACAACAGCAACCAAUGACACAACAACAACAAGUGUUUUGAAUUCCGCCAAUCCAUUGGCAGCCGCUGCCAGCUCAUUGGCAACAGCUAUACCCUUGGCCCAGUUAUUGGCCAAACCGGGAGCCCUUAAUGCCCUCACAAGCCUAACCGCUUUAGGCAGUCUGUCCGAUUUGUUGGGCGGUCUGGCCACUUUGGGUGGUCCACCGGUUCAGACUACUGGUGUGAAUCGUACCAAAAGUUUUGCUUCGUCGCGUUUCCGCAAUCAUAAUGUCGAUGGUAGCGCCGAACCUGAAAAGGCUCGCAACAAAUUCAAUCCCUAUUGAAACGAUUGAAAUGCUUAGGCAACUUCAAAACAAGACGAAUGAGUAUUAACAAUAAAAUUGACAAAAAUGGGGUUUCUUUUUUUACAAAAAAGCUAAAUUCAACCAAAAUUUUUCCCAAUAAGCUUUAGAUUUUUACAAAAUUAAAAA